AUGGCCAAGCUGCUGAAGCCGUCCAGACUGGACACAGAUCCCAGCUCACCCACUGCAGCCAAAGAGUGGAAGCACUGGCAUAAAACAUUCACCAACUUCAUAGAAGAAAGUGGAGAUGCUGCACCAGACAAGUUUAGGACAUUAGUGAAUUGUGUGUCCCCGAGUGUGUAUGAACUCAUUGAAGACUGUAGUACUUUUGAGAGUGCAAUCGCCAAACUGGAGAGUGCUUAUGUCAAGUUGCCGAAUGAAGUUUUUGCUAGGCAUGUUUUGCCGACACGACGACAGCAGUCAGGAGAAUCCCUUGACGAAUUUCUGAGGGAACUACAUAAGCUAAGCAAGGAUUGUAACUUCCAGGCAGUCACAGCUGAGCAAUAUCGGCAGGAGCUAGUACGUGAUGCAUUUAAUGGUAUUGCCUCAGCAUUUAUUCGUCAGCGCCUACUAGAAAAUAAGUCACUGAACCUGGAGGCUGCACACAGUCAAGCUCGUACGUUGGAUCUUGCCCAGCGUAGUGCCGACGCGUAUACAUCUCCACCCAUUCCUCAUACUGCUGCUUUAGUUCCAGAGCGGCAGGCACAGCCCAGUGGUGACCAGCAGCAGCAGCCAACAAAAGAAGAAGCAGAAAGAAGUUCACCAGGAGAUUCAGCUGUUGCUGCUGCUUACUUAUCUAAGAGGAAAUGCUAUUUUUGUGGUAAUGCACUCCACAGUACAGGUAGAGUGAGUUGUCCUGCACGUACUGUUAAAUGUAACAAAUGUGGUAAAACAGGUCAUUUUGCAAAAGUCUGUAAAUCAAAGGCUUCAGGUAGUACUACUGCUGCAUUGUAUAACCCCACUUUGCUUACAAUAGCUGCCACUUAUCCAAAGAAUCUUUCACAUGCAGCUACAAACAUCACUGUAAAUGGCCAUUCAUUGAAGGCACUAAUUGAUUCUUGUAGCUCAGAUAGUUUUAUACGUGAGGAAGUAGCACAGAAACUAAAUUUGACAAUAGUUCCUGUAGGUACAGCAGUCUCAAUGGCAUCAAAAUCUUUAAAUGCUAGUUCCCCUGGGUUUGUUACAGCAGACUUAGUGCAUCUUGAUCAGAGAUAUCCUCGUAUCCAGCUCGGGGUCCUGAAGGAUUUAUGUUGUGAUGUUAUCUUAGGUUAUGACUUUCAAAAGCAAUACCAGAGCGUAACUUUUCAAUAUGGAGGGAAUAAACCAAGUUUAAAGAUAACUGGAGCCAAACCUGUCUGUGUAUUAGCAACAGCUGAUAUCGAUGAACCGUCAUUGUUUCCAAACUUGCCUCAACAGUGUAAACCCAUUGCAGUUAAAUCUAGACGCUAUAGCCAGGAUGACCAGCUGUUUGUAAAAGACCAGAUAUCACAUUUAAUAUCUGAAGGUAUCAUUGAGCCAAGUAUAUCCCCUUGGAGAGCACAGGUUGUAGAAGUCAAAGAUUCACUUGGCAGGCACAAAAAGAGACUUUGCAUUGAUUAUUCCCAGACCAUUAACCAAUACACAGAACUAGAUGCAUACCACCUCCCAAGGAUAGAGGAUAUGGUGCAUGACUUUGCAAAAUAUAAUGUGUUCUCCACAUUUGACUUAAAGAGUGCAUAUCACCAAUUCAGCAUUAAUGAGAGUGAAAGGAAGUACACUGCUAUUGAGGGUGCAGGGAAAUUGUUUCAGUUUUGUAGGAUUCCAUUUGGUGUCACGAAUGGUGUAGCUGCAUUCCAAAGAGCUAUGGACAAACUAGUUGAAGAUGAGAACCUCAAAGAUACUUUUCCAUAUCUAGAUAAUAUUACUGUAGGUGGAUUAACUCAGGCUGAACAUGAUGAAAACGUUCAAAAGUUCUUGGAGGUGGUUCGGAAACGGAAGCUUACCCUCAAUAAAGUGAAAUCGGUUGUGUCUGUUCCUACAAUCAAUGUUCUAGGGCAUUGUGUCGGUAAUAAUGUGAUAAAGCCUGACCCUGACAGAUUACGUCCCCUUCAAGAAUUACCGCCUCCCACAAAUAUGGGGUCUCUGCGAAGAGCUCAAGGGUUGUUUGCAUAUUAUGCCAAAUGGAUCCCUCGUUUUUCUGAUAUGAUUCAUCUCUUAGUGAACACAAAAACUUUUCCACUGAGUGAGCCAACACUAGCUGCUUUUAACUCCUUAAAAAAACAACCUAUGGAUGUUUCACUACGGUCUGGGGAUGAGAGCCUUCCCUUUGUUGUGGAGUGUGAUGCUUCGGAAGUUGCUGUUUCAGCAGUCUUAAACCAGGGUGACCGGCCGGUAGCGUUCAUGUCAAGAACGCUCCAGGGUAGUGAGUUGCAUUAUCCAGCAGUAGAAAAGGAGGCUACCGCUAUUAUUGAAGCUGUUCGCAAGUGGAGCCAUUUCUUAGCGAGACGACAUUUUACUCUGAUUACUGAUCAGCGAUCCGUGAUGUUCAUGUUAGACAGCAGGAAGAGAACUAAAAUAAAGAAUAACAAGAUACAAGAGUGGAGGUUGGAGCUGGCAUCGUACAGCUAUACCAUACAGUAUCGUCCUGGGAAACAGAAUAUUGCACCGGACACCCUGACUCGUGCCUAUUGUUGUUCUAUUUCUUGA